AUGACAAGCGAAAACUCUUCUAAUAAUCUUCUACAAAACGCGUUUUUUUCGGCCAAUAAGAAAGUGCAACUACUUAGUGGUAAUUGCCCUCGCAGUAUCACGAAAGCCAGUCUGAAAGAGUGGCUAUCCUUUAGAAAACGGGAGUGUAAAGACGGAAGCGCUCGAUCUGACGCUACGAAGAAUGAGCUCAUUCUAAGAGUUGUUGGCUACAUAAAAAACGGCUGGGAGAAUGACUUUGUUUACAAGUGGCGACAACCUACGCCUGAUCAACAGCAAUCGACGUCGUCAAGUAAACAAACCGCACGUGGAAGAGACUUCCCUGGUGCUGCUAACUGGAUAUCUGUGCGAGAGGCUGUAGACAGUGUGCCAUCGUUCAGUAUAAGGAAUGCCCUAACUUAUUUUGUGGAAAGAAAAGCGGAAGACAAGGAUCCAAACAAUGACUUUAAAAACCUGUCGAAUAGUGCGUUUGGCUUGAUCAAAGUUGGACACAUACAGAAGAUUGAGCUGACAAACGACGACCAAGACCACGUGCACUUCAGGUGUGAUUGUUUACCCGAGAUGGGAAAAACUCAGAUCUAUAAAUUGAAACUUUCUCUGACAAAGACUGGAGAAAAUGAGGGCGAGAUUUUAUAUGCAGGCUGCAUUUGCCCAGCAGGAUUGCCACCAAAAGGUUCUUGCAAACAUAUAGCUGCAUUCUGUUAUGCACUAGAGGGAUUUUGCAGGAUGAAAUCUGCAAAUGAAUUUGUAUCCUGUACUUCACGAUUACAGACAUGGAAUCAACCACGCAAACGAAAACUAGAUCCCAGGUCAGUGUGUGACAUAGACUUUUCUAAAAAGAUCUACCGAAGAGAGGAAAGAAAUGCCACAAAACCAUUGACUGAUCCCAGGCCUGAGCGGUUCAGAAACAAUAACACUGAUCAAGUGAACAAGGAACUGUUAGACAAAAUAAAUGAGGUCAAACCCAACUGUGCUUUCUUCUAUCUUCUCUCAGACAAAAAUCCCUACCACAAGGAGCAUGAGAUAAUUCCCCCCAUCAAGGUACAUCCACCAUCAUUGGAUGAAAUUCUAGACAGAGCGUCAAGGGUGAGAGACAAUCUUGCAGUAACUGACCAAGAACGAGAGAAAAUUUCAAGGGCUACAAAAGCUCAGAGUAACUGUCAAGAAUGGUAUGAACAUAGAUGUGUUCGUAUAACUGCCUCUAAGUGUAAACGAGCUAUUCUAAAGCCUUGUACGAGGCCAACGAAAGCCACGAGGGAAAUAUUGAACUAUAAUGGUCAGUAUCAAAGUAGUAUGAUGAGGCAAGGAAUUCAAGAUGAAAAGAAGAUUGUGAAACUGUACGAGAACAAAUUUAGCUGUUAAGUCAGUGACACAGGCUUUGUGAUAUCUAGAGGAAAACCAUUCCUUGGAGCGUCCCCUGAUGGGGAAGUACAUGGGGGAUUAGUCGAAAUCAAGAGGAUCUUCUCAAAUGGGUUAUCUCUACGCAAAGCUGUAUGCAAGAGAGGCAUUUGCAAGGAAAGUUGCAAUGGUUUAAUUAUAAAUACCAACCACAAGUUCUAUUAUGAAAUUCAGCUCCAAAUGUUUUGUUCAGUAUGUAGUUGGAGUGAUCUUGUGUUAAGUGAUAUUAAUGAUUUGAUUAUUUUGCAUGUUAAGAAAUCUGAUCACUUUCUUUCAACCAUCAUCCCAAAGCUGGAACAGUAUUAUGACAAGCACAUCUCCUUAGAGUUAGCAUAUCCACGAGUUGCACAUGCACUUACUAGGUUGAGCAAAUUAUUGGACUGGGGUGAAAUCAAAGCCCUUAAGUUAAGCCAAGCAACAGUCGAGCCCACCCAGGGUCGGGUAAAUAAGCUACUGGAACAGUAUAAAUCUGUUUUUGAUGAUGAUCUAGGUACCCUUAAAGGUCACAAAGCAAAUCUCAAGAUAAAGGAGAAUUCCCAACCGUGUUUUCACAAAGCACGCACGGUUGCUUACUCGGAUCGACCAAAGGUAGAAGCUGAGUUAAUCCGCCUGGAGAAAGAAGGUAUUCUCAGUCCAGUUGAACACAGUGAGUGGGCAACACCUAUAGUAGCCGUACCUAAACGUAAUGGAUCAGUACGCAUCUGCGGAGAUUUUAAGGUCUCUAUCAAUCCUGUGUUGAUAGCUGAACAGUAUCCUCUGCCGAGAAUCGAGGAUAUCUUUGCAAAUCUUGCUGGAGGCAAACACUUCAGUAAAAUUGAUUUGAGACAAGCUUACCAUCAGAUGGAAGUUACUGAGGAAUCAAAGAAGUAUUUGACCAUAAAUACUCCCAAGGGUCUCUACCAGUAUAACCGCCUAGUGUUCGGUAUAACAUCGAGCCCAGCGAUCUGGCAACGUGCAAUGGAUCAGGUGCUACAAGGAAUCCCCGGCACGCAAUGCAUUCUGGAUGACAUGAUCAUUACUGGACGCACCGACGACGAACACCUACAAAAUCUAGAGAAAGUUCUACAACGACUACAAGAAGCUGGUCUUAGAGCAAACAAAGAAAAGUGUGAAUUCUUCCGCGAGCAAGUCCAGUUCUGUGGCCACGUCAUCGACAGCCAAAGGUUGCAUAAAACAAAUGAUAAAAUUGAAGCUGUAGUAAACACACCUAGGCCCGAAAACGUGUCGCAAGUCCGUUCAUUUCUGGGACUAGUUAACUACUAUCACCGCUUCUUACCGAAUGCAUCAACCAUACUGCACCCACUACAUAAAUUACUCGAGAAAGAUACCGAAUGGAAGUGGUCAAAGGAGUGCGAACGAGCAUUCACAGAAGCUAAACGCCUCAUAACAUCGGAUUUAGUUUUAACGCAUUACGACCCAACUUUGUCAGUAACACUAGCAUGUGAUGCAUCACCGUAUGGCAUCGGAGCUGUUCUUUCACACGUCAUGCCUGACGGAACAGAACGCCCAGUCGCUUUCGCAUCCAGAUCGCUUACGCAAACAGAGCGUAAGUAUGCCCAGAUCGACAGAGAAGCUUUAGCUAUAGUCUGGGGYGUUAAGAAAUUUCAUCUGUACCUAUAUGGAAGAAGAUUUACACUGAUCACAGAUCACCAACCUCUCACAGCAAUCUUCYACCCACAGAAAGGUAUACCAGCGAUGACCGCAUCGAGACUGCAACGUUACGCUUUGUUCUUAGCUGGUUUUGAGUAUGAUAUAAAAUACAAGAACACCAAGGAACAUUGUAAUGCAGAUGGACUGUCUCGACUUCCCUUGCAACAGCAUGAGAAGAAUGAGACAAGUUUCGACUCUUCARAUGUAUUCCACGCUACACAGUUUAGCCCACUUCCUGUCACCAGCGAAACGGUUGCUAARGAAACCAAGCGUGAUCCGAUACUGUCCAGAGUCUACGAGUCUAUUAUGAAUGGUUGGUCCCAACGCUCAGAAGGAGAUACACCCUACUUUUAA